GGGGUGAGGAGGUGAAGAGGGAUGGUGGGGACGCAUCAGGGAGCAUCCCUGGGACGCGGCUUGAGCCCCUCCGGGGGGAUGGAAGGGCGACAAGCGGGGAGGAGGAGGGAGAGGAGAUGGUUUCUGAACGGGGGGUGACUCGUGGGAGAGCCCGGCUCGGGCCGGCCAUGAGGGAAAGGGAGCUGGGAAGGGAGCUGGGAUGUAAGUUGGGAAGUAAGUCAGAAGGGAAGCCAGUAAUUGAGCUGGGUAGUGACGCAGGUAUGGAGCCAGGAAGCAAGUUGGGAAAUGAGCUGCAAAACGAGUUGGGAAGUGAGUUGGGAAGUGAGCCGGGAAGCAAGCUGGGAAUCAAGACGGGAAAUAAUCCAGGAGGCAUGUCAGUGUACAAGCUAGGAAAUGAGUCAGGAAGUGAGCUGGGAAGUAAGUUGGGAACUAAGCCAGGAAGCAAUCUGGGAAGUAAUCUGGAAAACAAGUUGGGAAGCAAGCUAGGAAAUGAGUCAGGAAUUGAGUGGGCAAGUGAGCCAGGAGGCAAGCUGGGAAGUGAUGUGGGAAGGGAACUGGGAAGGGAGCUGAGCUCUCGUGACCCUGGGAACAUGGCUGACACACUGAGCAGCCAUUCCGAGAAGGAAACACUUGCUCCGAGCACCAGGGUUUCCCCAGGAAUUUCUAAUGCCCAGAUGGCAGGUGAUGGACGUGCCCAAAGCACGGAGAAGGAUUUGGCUGGUGGAGGCAUGAGCAGGGAGUCCAAGGGGAACAGGGAAUCCAUCCAGACCCUCAGUGUCACCUCUAACCUGGGGCUGCUGAUGACAGCGAGCGAUGCAGGGUCCGACACCUCCUACUCUUUCUCCUCGGUCGCAAAGAUCCAGGUGGAGGAGAACUACAUCCCUGAGAGACAGGGGAAGGACAGGGACAACCAAGCACUCCCUGGGCUCAGAGGCAAAGUCUACGACUACUACGUGCAGUCCAUCUCCGAGUCGGUGCUGAAGAAGAAGUCUCUCCCCUACAUCCCUCCGGGAAUAUCCCGGUGUCGCAGCUCCGAGCGGGUCAGUGAAGAGCUGCAGAGCUUUGAAACACAGAUGCAGGACCCAGCUUUGGCAGCACAUGAUCCCACCAUCUCCUCCACAGUCCCACCACCCACCAGAAGCUCAGAGACCUCUCCUGAGCCUCCAUCACCCGGCCGCAAGAACAGCAUCCUCCAGAUCGCAGACAGCCCCCACCUCCAGCUGCCCAUGGAGGGUUUUGGGGUCUCAGCUCUAGCUGGAACAACACCACCUGCAAGCCCCCAGCCAGGACUGGUGGCCAGUCCUGACCCCUCCCAGCUGCCACCAGACACCCACCUGGACCUGGGGAACUGCUACGAGGUGCUCAACACAGCCAAAGCGCGGGGGCUCAGAGCCCUGCAGGAGGCUGCCUACAAGGUGAUGAGUGACAACUACCUGCAGGUGCUGAGGACACCCUCCAUCUACGGCCGCCUCAACGCUGGUGAGCGGGAGUUGAUCCUGCGGCGGAGGAUGAAGGGGAAGAUGUCCGUGGUCGUGGCAGAUGUCAGCGUGCAGGAGCCUGACCUCCACCCCAGCCGCCUCUGCUACUACGACGAAGGAGGGGACUGCUGGCACCAGCUCUGCCCCGUGCCCCCAGAGGUGGUGUCCCAGGGCUGUGCCACGUGCAGCAUGUUCAACUACCUCUUUGUGGUGUCCGGCUGCGAGGGCACGGGCCCGACACAGAGACCCUCCAAGCGCGUCUUCUGCUACGACCCGCUGACCAACAUCUGGAGGGAGAUCUGUCCCCUGAACCAGGCGCGGCCCCACUGCAAGCUCAUCGCCCUGGACGGCCACCUGUACGCCAUCGGGGGCGAGUGCCUCUGCACGGUGGAGCGCUACGACCCCCGGCUCGACCGCUGGGCCUUCGCGGCGCCGCUGCCCCACGACACGUUCGCGGUGGCCCACACGGCCACGGUGUGCGACGGGGAGAUCUACGUCACCGGGGGCACCCUGCGCUACGUCCUGCUGCGCUACGACCCCCGCCUGGACAGCUGGAGGGCCAGCCCGGCCAUCGGCAGCAGGGACAGGACGGCCGAGAUGGUGAGCGCCAACGGCUUCAUCUACCGCUUCGACCUGCACCGCGGCGCCGGCCUCAGCGUCCACCGCUGCGGCGCCAGGGCCAAGCUGUGGUACGAGUGUGCCUCCUGCCCCCUGCCCGAGCCGUCUGGCCUGCGGUGUGCCGUGCUGGGCAGCCUGGUGCACUGCAUCGGCCGCCGCUUCCACCUCCGCUUCUUGGCCGACCACGUCUCGCCGCGCUUCGGGGCCAAGGAGCUGCGGCCCUUCCCCUCGCCCCACGGCAGCCUCCUCACGGCUGUGCUGGUGCUGCCAGAGGGAGGGACGGCGCAAACUCGGGUUUGAGCGCC